GCCGGAAAGCCGGCGGCGAGGCGGGGCGCGGGGCUGCUUCCGGCGGGGCGGUGCUUGCGCGCGUGAGCCGAGCCGGUGGGAGAGCGGCGGCCGCGGCAGCCGGUGCGGCGGGAGCGACGAGGGGAGGAAGGGAUCUGGUUGUCAUGGAGCUGCGUCAGCUUCUUGUGUGCCUGUCCCUGUGCACAGCCUUGGCCUUGAGCAAGCCCACAGAGAAGAAGGACCGCGUGCAUCAUGAGCCUCAGCUUAGCGACAAAGUUCACGACGACACUGAGAGCUUUGAUUACGAUCAUGAUGCCUUCCUGGGUGCUGAGGAAGCAAAGACCUUUGACCAGCUGACACCGGAAGAGAGCAAGGAGAGGCUAGGAAAGAUUGUAAGUAAAAUAGAUGGCGACAAGGACGGGUUUGUCACUGUGGAUGAGCUCAAAGACUGGAUUAAGUUUGCACAAAAGCGCUGGAUUUACGAGGAUGUAGAGCGACAGUGGAAGGGGCAUGACCUCAAUGAGGACGGCCUCGUUUCCUGGGAGGAGUAUAAAAAUGCCACCUACGGCUACGUCCUAGAUGACCCAGACCCUGAUGAUGGUUUUAACUAUAAACAGAUGAUGGUUAGAGAUGAGCGGAGAUUUAAAAUGGCAGACAAGGAUGGAGACCUCAUUGCCACGAAGGAGGAAUUCACAGCCUUCCUGCACCCCGAGGAGUAUGACUACAUGAAAGACAUAGUGGUGCAGGAAACAAUGGAGGAUAUAGAUAAGAAUGCUGAUGGUUUCAUUGAUCUAGAAGAGUAUAUUGGUGACAUGUACAGCCACGAUGGAAACGCUGAUGAGCCGGAGUGGGUGAAGACAGAGCGAGAGCAGUUCGUCGAGUUCCGAGAUAAGAACCGUGAUGGGAAGAUGGACAAGGAAGAAACCAAGGACUGGAUCCUGCCCUCGGACUAUGACCAUGCGGAGGCGGAAGCCAGACACCUCGUCUAUGAGUCAGACCAGAACAAGGACGGCAAGCUGACCAAGGAGGAGAUCGUCGACAAGUAUGAUUUGUUCGUGGGCAGCCAGGCCACAGAUUUCGGGGAGGCCUUAGUCCGGCAUGAUGAGUUCUGAGCCUGCGCUGGAGGAGCCUGCAUCUCUUCAAAAGUGUGCCAAGGAGUGAAUCUUGGUUUCUCCAUAAUUAAAAUUCACUCCUUUCCAAUCACGUCAUCAUCAUCGAAAGUGCCUUUAUGAGGGAAACUAUCUCGGACCGGAAAUCCACCCAAGAAACUGACGUACAAUGACCUGGACUGCCUCCUGGGAAGCUUAAGGGCCUCCCAAUGUGGGCAUUUUUUUUCCUUUCCCUCUCUUGAACAGUAGUUAAACAACAGUAUUAGUUACAUGCUUGGCUGCAGUGUUCUGUUCUCGUGUGCUGGUUUCAAAACCCACGUGCUGCUGAAUUUCCCAGGGAUCCUCAUACCUCACAGUGCAAACCACUUCCUGUCGGGCCUCUCCAUGUCUGCUCAGAGGCAAGGGAGGCGCCUUGGGUGUGAGGACCGUCGCCCUGUUCCUCAUCUCCCCACUUCCGUGCCACCAGCAGGAAUUGAAAGAUUGAUUGUGAAUCAGCAGGUUGCCAACCCUCACCUAAGCCAGGGGCAUUGUAGAAGGAGCUGACAAACCCCGCUCUGUUCCCAACUCCACUUUACCUAUAUUGUAUGUAAUAUGAACUCUGUCCAUUUGGGUCCGUUUCUUACAGAUGGGCCUCUUUUAAGAAGAAUUCUUGUAUUCCAAGUUUUUAGCCCUCAGGUUACUAAGAUAAAUAUAUGUGUAUAUAACCUU